CUUGAUGCCAACCUCCUGAGCAGGGUUCCAUCUGAGGCCUUCAAAGGCGUUCGCUCUUUGAAACACCUGUGGUUGGACGACAACUCCCUAACAGAAAUACCGGUGACGGCUUUGGACUCCCUGUCCUCUUUGCAGGCAAUGACGCUGGCCCUCAACCAGAUCACCCACAUACCUGAUUAUGCGUUUACCAACCUCUCUGGCCUUGUGGUGCUACAUCUCCACAACAACCACAUACAGAGCAUGGGUUCAAGAUGUUUUGAAGGUUUACAGAGUCUGGAGACACUGGAUUUAAACUACAAUGAUCUACAGGAGUUCCCCAUGGCGAUCAGGACACUGAGCAAACUUCAGGAACUGGGCUUCCAUAACAACAACAUCAAAGCGAUCCCUGAGAGGGCCUUUGUGGGAAACCCUCAGCUCCAAACCAUUCACUUUUAUGAGAACCCAAUCCAGUUUGUGGGGAAAUCUGCUUUCCAAUUCUUACCAAAGCUGCACACACUUUCCUUGAAUGGGGCAACCCAAAUUCAAGAGUUUCCAGAUUUGAAAGGAACAACCAGCCUCGAGAUUUUGACAUUGACUCGGGCUGGUCUCUCUGCUCUUCCCCUGGACCUAUGUGAGCAGCUGCCUCAUCUCAGAGUGCUAGAGCUGUCAUACAACCAGAUAGAAGAUCUUCCCAGUUUUUACCACUGCUCUGCACUUCAAGAGAUUGGACUGCAGCAUAAUCAAGUCAGAAGAAUAGAGUCAAGCACCUUUCAGCAGCUCACCUCUCUUAGAGCACUUGAUCUAAGCUGGAACAUGAUUGAGUGGAUCCACCCAGAUGCCUUCACAUCACUUCAUUCUUUGAUCAAACUGGACUUGACUGAGAACCGCCUCAGCUCUGUACCAGUUGCAGGUUUAGGAAGCCUCACUCAUCUCAAACUGAGAGGGAACAAAGAGUUAUAUGAGGCCUUCAGUCCUGAUCACUUCCCACAAAUGAGGGUGAUAGAGAUGCCUUAUGCCUACCAGUGCUGUGUGUAUGCAUCCUGUAACACCAACAAGCCCACCACCCAAUGGGACACAGAGCUGAGCAACACAAAUGAAGACCUUCACAAGAGGACGGUGGCCAUGUACCCAGUCCAUGCAGACACUAACUAUGACCCUGACCUGGAGGAGUUUCAGUUGGAAGUAGAAGAAUCCAAGUUACAGACCAGUGUCCAAUGCACCCCCAUACCUGGUCCGUUCCGUCCCUGUGACUCCCUCUUGGGCAGCUGGCUAGUCCGCAUUGGCUUGUGGUCCAUCUCCCUGGUGUCAUUGCUGGGAAAUGCCAUUCUGUUCCUGUCUCUCUUUGGAUCACCAGGCAGCCUGUCCCCACUCCGCUUUAUUGUGGCCUGUAUGGGUGCCUCUAACCUGCUGAUGGGUGUGUGUACAUGCACACUGGUCCUUGUGGAUGCUCUGACCCUUGGAGAAUUCAAUGACCAUGGAGCCCGCUGGGAGGGCGGACCUGGUUGUCAAGCAACAGGAUGGGUUUGGGUGUUUGCGUCUGAGGCAAGCGUGCUGCUGUUGACUCUGGCAGCAGUGCAGUGUGGUGCAAGUGUGACAUGUGCCCGCGCCUAUGGAAAAUCACCAUCCCUUAGCAGUGUACGCACAUGCGCGUAUUUCUGUCUCACCCUUUGCCUCGCAAUUGCUUCACUCCCACUAGUUGGAGUGGGGGAGUAUGGCUCUUCACCUUUCUGCCUUCCGUCACCCCUGCCUACCUCAUCUUCUCGCACAUCCUCCCUGGGCUUCCCCUUGGCACUCAUAAUGAUGAACACCAUUUGCUUGCUUAUUGUCACAGGUUCAUAUAUCCGCCUGUAUUGGGAGCUACUUCGGGGGGAGUGUGAGGGAUUGUGGGACUGUGCCAUGAUCAAACAUGUUGCCUGGCUUAUCUUUACUAAUGGCCUUCUCUACAUACCAGUAGCUUUCUUAUCACUUUGUUCUCUUCUGGGUCUUCUUUCUUUGGGGGAAGAGGUUCUAAAAUCAGUCCUCCUUCUGUUACAGCCCCUGCCCGCUUGCCUCAACCCUCUGCUCUUUCUUCUUUUCACAAGAGAUCAUUCUCAGUUGUUCUCCUGGUCUUGCCCCAAAACUCGCCCACAGCUGCGCCGUGACCGCACCUUGGACUCGCUAGUUUCUGUGGAGACAGAAAAGAGCUCCUGCUCGGAUUCUUCAACACAGGUGUCACUGACUGAUGCCGAUGCCACAUACAGGGAAGGGUCUUCUCCCCAGCCUGGACGGGAAACAACCAGGUUUUCCCAAUGCUCCUCUACAUCCUCCGUUCACCUCAUCCCUUGCCAAGUACCGACCGCGACAGCCAGAGGGAGGGAGAGGGUGACAGAAUGAGGAAGCAAGGGGAGUUUGGAUCAAGAUGUGAUUCUAACCAUUUUUCCUUCUGUGCUGUGCUACAAUGACUCACCUUAUAUCAAUGAGCCCCUGACACAGAUGUUUAAAAAUAUUGGGGAAAGAAAAUUGAAGAUUCAACGACCACAGCAUUUCUGGGCUACCUAUCUAUAAGCUCUUGAGAAUGAGUCAACAAAAGAUGUUGACUAAUAAAGAGAGGUUGAAAAGCAAACAGUCUUUCUGACCAGAGAGCAGGAUGGAAGGUUUCUUCUUUUGCCAGUACUGUUGAACUAAAGGACAAUUUUGGAGACAAUUCAGUGGACCGAGUCAAACAAGGAGCUGAAUAAACAAUGCAAUGCAAAAAAAAAAAAAAAAAAAAGCUGUUAAUCACAUUGAGAA